AUGGAGGACGGAGGCGGCGGCGGUUGUCAAAGGCGGUCUCAGGCCGGGGGCUCGACGCCCGGCUCCGGUGACGACAAACUGACGGGGCCCUGGAGCAAAGACAAGAAGGACCCUAACGCCCCCGCGGCGGACAAGGAGCAGGAGCUGUCUGAAGAAGACAAACAACUACAAGAUGAGCUGGAAAUGCUUGUGGAACGCUUGGGAGAGCAAGACACGGCUCUUUAUCGCCCUGCCCUGGAGGAACUUCGCAGGCAGAUACGCUCUUCCACAACCUCCAUGACUUCUGUACCCAAGCCCUUGAAGUUUCUGCGGCCACAUUACGGCAAAUUGAAAGAGAUCUACGAAAACAUGGCCGCAGGGGAAAACAAGCGUUUUGCUGCUGACAUUAUAUCUGUUCUGGCCAUGACAAUGAGCGGAGAGCGAGAGUGCCUGAAAUAUCGGUUGGUGGGAUCUCAGGAACCCUUAGCUUCGUGGGGACAUGAGUACGUCAGGCAUCUAGCAGGCGAAGUCGCCAAGGAGUGGCAGGAAAUUGACGAGGCAGACAAGACCCAGAAGGACACACUUCUAACUCUGGUAAAGGAGAUUGUGCCCUACAACAUGGCCCAUAAUGCUGAGCACGAGGCCUGUGAUUUGCUGAUGGAAAUUGAGCAGAUGGAUAUGCUGGAGGAAUAUAUUGACGACAAUGCCUAUGCCAAAGUUUGUCUCUACCUGACCAGCUGUGUGAGCUAUGUCCCCGAGCCAGAGAAUUCUGCCCUUCUUCGUUGUGCCCUUAGCAUCUUCCGCAAGUUCAAUCGCUACCCUGAAGCCCUCCGUUUGGCCCUCAUGCUGAAUGACAUGGAACUGGCCGAAAACAUCUUCAUUUCCUGCAAAGAUGUAGUGGUUCAGAAGCAAAUGGCCUUCAUGCUGGGCCGCCACGGCGUCUUUCUGGAGCUAAGUGAGGAUGUUGAAGAAUAUGAGGAUCUUACGGAGAUCAUGUCUAACGUCCAGCUCAACAGUAAUUUUCUGGCCUUGGCCAGGGAACUGGAUAUCAUGGAGCCCAAGGUGCCAGAUGACAUUUACAAAACACAUCUAGAAAAUAAUCGGUUUGGCGGUAGUGGUUCGCAAGUGGAUUCAGCUCGCAUGAAUUUGGCUUCCUCCUUUGUGAACGGUUUUGUGAAUGCUGCUUUCGGCCAGGACAAGCUGCUGACCGACGAUGGCAACAAGUGGCUCUACAAAAACAAGGACCAUGGGAUGCUGAGUGCUGCCGCCUCAUUGGGGAUGAUCCUCCUGUGGGAUGUGGAUGGAGGCCUCACCCAGAUUGACAAGUAUCUGUAUUCCUCAGAAGACUACAUCAAAUCAGGGGCUCUUCUGGCUUGUGGCAUCGUGAACUCUGGCGUGAGGAACGAAUGCGACCCAGCCCUUGCGCUGCUCUCAGACUACAUCCUUCACAACAGCAACACCAUGCGCAUUGGUGCCAUCUUUGGGCUGGGACUGGCCUACGCAGGAUCCAACCGAGAAGAUGUCCUGACCUUGCUGCUUCCUGUUAUGGGGGAUUCCAAAUCCAGCAUGGAGGUGGCUGGUGUGACAGCCCUGGCUUGCGGAAUCAUCGCAGUGGGUUCCUGCAACGGAGAUGUGACCUCCACCAUCCUCCAAACUAUAAUGGAGAAGUCCGAGACAGAGCUGAAGGACACCUACGCCAGAUGGCUGCCUCUUGGCCUGGGCCUGAACCAUUUGGGAAAAGGUGAGGCCAUUGAAGCAAUCCUGGCUGCCCUGCAGGUUGUGUCUGAGCCUUUCCGUAGCUUUGCCAACACCCUCGUGGACAUCUGCGCCUACGCAGGAUCUGGGAAUGUGUUGAAGGUUCAGCAGCUUCUUCAUAUCUGCAGUGAGCAUUUUGAUUCCAAAGAGAAGGAGGAGGAAAAAGAGAAGAAGGAGAAGAAGGACAAAGAGAAGAAAGAUAAUUCGGCUGACAUGGGAGCUCACCAGGGUGUGGCGGUGCUGGGCAUUGCGCUCAUUGCUAUGGGUGAGGAGAUCGGGGCAGAGAUGGCUCUACGUACCUUUGGUCACCUGCUACGAUACGGGGAACCGACUCUCCGACGAGCUGUUCCAUUAGCUCUGGCUCUCAUCUCUGUGUCCAACCCUCGCCUCAACAUCCUUGACACGCUCAGCAAGUUUUCCCACGAUGCCGACCCCGAGGUGUCGUACAACUCUAUCUUCGCCAUGGGCAUGGUGGGCAGCGGUACCAACAACGCUCGCCUGGCUGCAAUGCUGAGACAGCUGGCACAAUAUCACGCCAAGGAUCCCAAUAACCUUUUCAUGGUGCGAUUGGCUCAGGGUCUGACCCACCUUGGAAAAGGAACCCUCACCCUCUGUCCUUACCACAGUGACCGGCAGCUCAUGAGCCAGGUUGCUGUGGCCGGCCUCUUGACCGUGCUGGUCUCUUUCCUGGAUGUGCGUAACAUCAUCCUUGGGAAGUCCCACUACGUACUCUAUGGCCUUGUGGCUGCCAUGCAGCCACGCAUGCUUGUGACUUUUGACGAGGAGCUGCGCCCACUGCCAGUGUCGGUCAGAGUGGGGCAGGCAGUGGACGUGGUGGGUCAAGCUGGGAAGCCAAAGACGAUCACCGGCUUCCAGACUCACACCACCCCAGUGCUGCUGGCACACGGCGAGCGGGCAGAGCUGGCCACCGAAGAGCACAUACCUGUCACGCCUAUCCUGGAAGGCUUCGUAAUCCUGCGCAAGAACCCCAACUAUGAUGUCUGAGUUGCCUGGGGGUUGGGAUGCGGGUUGGCAGGAUGGACUGUUCUCUCUCUCUCUCUUUUUUUUUUUUGUUACAUAAAUUGUUUGUCAAAGGAAAAUAAACUGUCUUCAAAA